AGUUUGAGCAUCAGCAGAGGCUGCUUACUUCCUUUUAGUUAGGCUAUGGUAAUCAUGCUGCCACUGAGGUGUAUGGCAUGGCUUCUGGUUUUCAGUAGUCUGUCAACAGUUACAGGUGUGCCUGUCAGUCCAACAAAUGAUACUACUACAUCUAGCCCUGGUAUUGUUACGACCAUUUCUGUAGUUGGAGUGACGCUCCCAAACACAACGACGAUAUCAAAUGUUAGCGUCACUGCUUUAAACAACACCCAGAAUGCAACCAAUACUACCUCAGCGUCCCCUGUACUCACAAGCACAGAUGAUGGGACCGCAGAAACUUUAGAAGAGCUACAAAAAGAUGAUGCAAUGGAGGGGGAUAUCUUAUUGGUGGAUGACAGGAAUGCUGUGAACACUCUGUGGUCAGAUGGCAUUGUCCCUUACACAAUCAGCCCAGAACUAGCUUCUCGAUGGAUGGACAUUGAGGCAGCCUUCAGGAUGAUAAUGAGUGUAACAUGUAUUCGCUUCGUACAACACACCAAUGAGCUGAACUACAUAGAGCUCAAGAAUGGAGAAGGCUGUGCAUCAUUUGUUGGUUGCAAUGGAGGAGCUCAACCUGUGUACUUUGGCAAGACCUGCUCAACAGGCAACCUUUGCCACGAGCUCCUGCAUGCUCUGGGGUUGCAUCACGAACACACCAGGCAUGACCGAGAUGACUAUGUCAUAGUGAACUGGGAGAGUAUUGUACCAGAUCGUCAAAACAACUUUAAGGUGAAGAAAGGAAACACCCUCAACCUGCCGUAUGAUUUGGAAUCCAUAAUGCACUAUGGGUUCACUUUCUUCAGUGUAGAUGGAGGGCAAACUUUGCAGCCCAGAGAGCCAGGUGUGGAAAUCGGCCAAAGGACUCGACUGACGCAGCUAGAUGCGAAAAAACUGAACAGACUUUACCACUGUGGUGGUAAAUGAACUGCCAUCCACAGGUAUGGAAAAUGGCAGCCCCACAGAACUUGUUUUUAUGAGAUUUAAUAGAAUGAAAACAAUCUUGGCUUUUGUUCAUGCACUCAAAUCCAUUAAAUGAACAUGAAACAAG